AUGCAGUUCACUCUCGCUACCAUCAUUACCCUCGCCGUUUCGGCUGUUGCCAUGCCUUCCACCAACGGAACCCCCAAGGGUAAGGGCGUUACUGUUGCCCAGGCUGAGGGACUCUGCCAAGCUGGUACCGUGUCCUGCUGCAACCCCAAGAAGGAUAUCAGCGGCCAGGGCAUCCUUGGUAACCUCCUCGCCGAGGGUCUUCUGAACAACUUGAUCGGCACUGGUGAUUCCGCCUGCACCUCUGUCAGCCUCAUCAAGAACCUGAACAUUCUCGGCAUUACCAACGAGGGCGAUGAGGGAACCACCUGCACCAACACCAUUGCUUGCUGCCCCGCUGGAAAGGAGUGCACUGCCAUCGGCCAGUAA